CGCUUGAGGCGCGGAGGGCGCCGCCAUGGGCCACCUGGAGCUGCUGCUCGUGGAGAACUUUAAGUCGUGGCGGGGCCGCCAGGUCAUCGGCCCUUUCAGGAGGUUCACCUGCAUCAUUGGCCCCAACGGCUCCGGAAAAUCUAAUGUAAUGGAUGCACUUAGUUUUGUAAUGGGAGAGAAAACAGCUAAUUUAAGAGUGAAAAAUAUUCAAGAACUCAUUCAUGGAGCACAUAUCGGAAGACCUGUCUCUUCUUUUGCAAGUGUGAAAAUUGUGUAUGUGGAGGAAAGUGGAGAAGAGAAAACAUUUACAAGGAUCAUCCGAGGGGGAUGCUCAGAAUUUCAUUUUGAUGAUAAUCCAGUGAGUCGUUCUGUGUAUAUAGCUGAGCUGGAAAAAAUAGGCAUAAUAAUUAAAGCACGGAACUGUCUAGUGUUUCAGGGAACUAUAGAGUCGAUUUCAAUGAAAAAACCCAAAGAAAGAACCCAGUUUUUUGAGGAAAUCAGCACUUCAGGAGAGCUUAUAGGAGAAUAUGAGGAAAAGAAAAGAAAGUUACAGAAAGCUGAAGAGGAUGCACAGUUUAAUUUUAAUAAGAAAAAAAAUGUAGCCGCAGAACGCAAACACGCAAAAUUAGAGAAAGAAGAGGCAGAAUGUUACCAGAGUCUCCUUGAAGAACUGAAAAUGAACAAGAUACAAUUACAGCUUUUCCGACUAUAUCAUAAUGAGAAGAAAAUUCAUUUCCUGAACACUGAGUUAGAGCGUGUGAGUAGGGACUUGAGUGUCACAAAAGAGUCUCUUUCUCAUCAUGAAAACAUAGUGAAAACCAAGAAGAAGGAACAUGGAAUGCUAACCAGACAACUACAACAAACAGAAAAAGAAUUAAAAUCUCUUGAAGCGCUUUUAAAUCAGAAAAGGCCUCAAUACAUUAAAGCCAAAGAAAACACUUCUCACCACCUCAAGAAAUUAGACGUGGCUAAGAAAUCAAUAAAGGACAGUGAGAAACAGUGUUCUAAACAGGAAGAUGACAUAAAAGCCCUGGAGACAGAGCUGGUUGAUUUAGAUGGUGCAUGGAGAAGUUUUGAAAAGCAGGUUGAGGAAGAAAUCUUAUACAAGGGGCGAGACAUUGAACUAGAAGCCAGUCAGCUGGAUCAUUACAAAGAACUUAAGGAACAAGUGAGAAAGAAAGUGGCUAUAAUGACCCAACCGCUGAAGAAGUUGCAGUGGGAACAGAAGGCUGACAAAGAAAGACUGGCGUUUGAAAAGAGGAGGCAUGGAGAAGUUCAGGAAAAUCUAAAACAAAUAAAAGAACAGAUAGAAGAUCAUAAAAAACGAAUAGAGAAGUUGGAGGAGUAUACAAAAACAUGCAUGGAUUGCUUGAAAGAGAAAAAACAGCAAGAGGAAACCCUAGUGCGUGAAAUUGAAAACACAAAAUCACGAAUGUCUGAAGUUAAUGAGGAAUUGAAUCUUAUUAAAAGUGAAUUGCAGAAUGCUGGAAUUGAUAACCAUGAGGGGAACCGUCAGCAAAAGAGAGCAGAGGUUCUGGAGCACCUUAAAAGACUUUACCCAGAUUCUGUGUUUGGAAGACUACUUGACCUCUGUCAUCCUAUUCAUAAGAAAUACCAGCUGGCUGUUACUAAACUUUUUGGCCGGUACAUGGUUGCCAUUGUCGUAGCCUCUGAAAAGGUAGCAAAAGAUUGUAUUCGAUUUCUGAAGGAAGAAAGAGCUGAACCAGAGACAUUCCUUGCUCUAGAUUACCUUGAUAUCAAGCCAAUCAAUGAAAGAUUAAGGGAGAUUAAAGGCUGUAAAAUGGUGAUUGAUGUCAUAAAGACUCAGUUUCCUCAGCUGAAGAAAGUAAUUCAGUUUGUGUGUGGAAAUGGCCUUGUCUGUGAGACUGUGGAAGAAGCAAGGCAUAUUGCAUUCGGUGGACCUGAGAGACGGAAAACAGUAGCUCUUGAUGGAACAUUAUUUUUAAAAUCUGGGGUGAUCUCUGGAGGGUCAAGUGACUUAAAAUACAAAGCUAGAAGCUGGGAUGAGAAGGAGAUAAAAAACUUAAGAGACAGAAGAGCCCAGCUGAUCCAGGAGUUAAAGGAUUUAAUGAAGAUACUUCGCAAGGAAGCAGAUUUGAAACAAAUACAGACUCUAGUACAAGGAACUCAUACACGACUCAAAUAUUCGCAAAGUGAACUAGAGAUGAUUAAAAAGAAGCACCUUGCUGCUUUUUACCGGGAACAAUCUCAGCUACAAAGUGAACUGCUAAAUAUUGAGUCUCAGUGUACUAUGUUGAGUGAAGCAAUCAAAGAACGGCAACAAAGAAUUGAAGAAUUUCAAGAAAAGAUAGAUAAGGUAGAAGAUGAGAUUUUCCAACACUUCUGUGAAGAAAUUGGUGUGGAAAAUAUUCGUGAAUUUGAGAAGAAACAUGUUAAACAGCAACAAGAAAUUGAUCAGAAAAGAUUAGAAUUUGAGAAACAAAAAACUCGUCUUAAUGCUCAACUCGAAUAUAGUCGCAAUCAGCUGAAGAAGAGACUGAGUAAGAUCAACACGUUGAAAGAAACCAUCCAGAGAGGCAGAGAGGACAUUGAUGACCUAAAGCAGGCUGAAGAAAAUUGUCUGCAAAUUGUGGAUGAACUCAUGGCAAAGUGGCAGCAACUUAAGGACGUAUUUGUCACUCAGAAUGCCAACGCUGAGAAGGUCCAAGCUCAGCUGGAAGAAGAACGGAAGAAAUUUUUGGCUAUUGAUAGGGAAGUGGGAAAAUGGCAAAAAGAAAUUGUAAUCAUUCAAACUUCUUUGGAACAGAAACAGCUAGAGAAGCAUAAUCUGCUGCUUGAUUGCAAAGUUCAAGACAUUGAAAUAGCCCUUUUGUUGGGAUCACUGGAUGACAUCAUUGAAGUGGAGUUGGGAACUGAAGCAGAAAGUACCCAGGCGACAGUUGACAUCUAUGAGAAAGAAGCAGCCAUCAAGGUAGACUACAGCUCUCUAAGAGAUGAUUUGAAGGCUCUACAAACUGAUAAGGAAGUGGAGGCCCACCUGAGGCUCCUGCUGCAACAGGUGGCAUCCCAGGAAGACAACCUCUUGAAGACUGCGGCCCCAAACCUGAGAGCCCUGGAGAAACUAAAGACGGUCAGAGACAAGUUUCAGGAGUCCACAGAUGCUUUUGAGGCCAGCAGAAAGGAAGCCAGAAUGUGUAGGCAAGAGUUUGAACAGGUGAAAAAAAGGAGAUAUGACCUUUUCAGCCGGUGUUUUGAGCACGUCUCGAUCUCAAUUGAUCAAAUCUACAAGAAGCUCUGCAGAAACGUCAGUGCCCAAGCAUUUCUUAGCCCAGAGAACCCAGAAGAGCCUUACCUAGAGGGAAUUAGCUAUAACUGCGUGGCUCCAGGCAAACGGUUCAUGCCAAUGGACAAUCUGUCAGGGGGAGAAAAGUGUGUGGCCGCGUUAGCCCUCCUGUUCGCCGUGCACAGUUUUCGGCCCGCUCCGUUCUUUGUGUUAGAUGAAGUGGAUGCAGCUCUGGACAACACUAACAUUGGCAAGGUCUCAAGUUACAUCAAACAGCAGACGCAGGAGCAGUUUCAGAUGAUAAUCAUUUCCCUAAAAGAGGAGUUAUAUUCCAAAGCCGAUGCGCUGAUAGGCGUCUAUCCAGAGCACGAUGACUGCAUGUUCAGCAGAGUUCUGACCCUGGAUCUUUCUCAGUAUCCAGACACCGAAGACCAAGAAGGCAGCAAAAGAAACCGAGAGUUGCCUUAGGACCGCGAGUGACCCCGAGCCAACAGGACAGUCGGGCAGGUCAGGGUCACCAAUGCUUAGUCCUUGCUCCUCAACAACAAAGCGCGGGAGCAGUCGAGCGGCCUGUGCCACCGUGACCUACCAGACGCUGGAGCUCGCUUCCGUCCAAGUUCAGGCCCCUUAGCGUUGCAUGGGUUAAAAAAAAAGGUGCAAUUUUGUACCAUAGUUUCAACUGCCAUUUUGAAAGCCAGUCAGAAGAAUGUUGAAUUCUGCAUUAUUUUCACUCAGGUCUUGCCUUGUACGUUUAAGUAAUCUUUAAGAGAAACUCUUGGUUCUCAAAUGUACUAGUUAUAGGGCAUAGAGCCUGGAUUUUAUAGUUAUUUCAGAGAAUGUUAUCAAUAUUGAAAAUAUCAAUAAAGAAUAUUCUAAUUUCAAAUGUCUCCAAACUACAAUUAUAGAAACAACAAAAAAGUAUUUUAAGGUGAAACUGAAUUAUGUCCACCUCAGUGAAAUCCAAAUUUCUCUAAGUAUAAUUUCUGUUAACAAAAUACUGAAGAACACAGGCUUUCCCAAGUAACUGACUUCCCUACUUACACACAUUGUUAUGGGGAGGAAAGGAAGUUGCCACAUUUGCAAUAAUACUUCAUUUCCAUUUCAAGAUGGACUAAAAUUUCGUACCUAGCAGAGUAGCUCCCUCACUGUGAU